UUUCAGAAAGAGAGUCAUCCUUACUAUGACUUAUCUGUGAAAAUUCUACGAGCAAAAAAUAUUGUUGGAGGAGAUUUCUUACGUGCAGCAGACUGUUAUGUUUCUUUGCACCUCCCUACGGCAUCUGCAGUUGAUUACAGAACAAAGACCAUACCCAAUACCAAUAAUCCUGAGUGGAAUGAAACCUUCACAUACAGGCUACAGAGUAUGGUGAAGCAUGUAUUGGAGCUCUCCCUCUAUGAUGCCAAUGUUAAAGGGACAAAACAUCUAUCGACCGUAGCCAUUGAUAUUGGAAAGAUUGAACAUGGGAGCAAUUUGAAGACUACUGUAAACCUGAAGGAUGACGAACAACUGGAAGUGGAGUUUCACUUGGCAAAAUCCAAAGAUCCUCCUGUCGAAAUCUUCACUAAUGGCGUGCUUGUGGUGAGGCAACUUUGCUUGUUUGUCACUUUGGAAAAACAGUAUUAUGAAAUCAUAGAGAAGAAAAGCGGGAAGGGAAUUCCCAAUGGACAGCAUUCCUCAAUUCCUUUGACUCGAGUUUCGUUAGCGUUCCAUAAUGCCACACUGGUGCAAGAUGAUAUGCAUGUUGAAAUGGUGAAGGAAACCUAUAUUGUGGGUUCAGGGACCCUGCCAUUGUAUCAGCUUCCUAUUGGAAAGAAUGUGGACGUGGUAAUGAAUCUUGACAAGGAUCAGAAUGUUGACCUGAGACUAAAGGCUAAGAAAUGUUAUGAUGGUCUUGAUGUGCGCCUGAAUUUUGACAUUGCUGAUCCAGAGAAGGAAUUCCUUGUAAAAAGAAAGAAAUAUAGUGCACGAGCACUGAAGAAGCUGCUGAACCUAAAGAAGACUCCUACGGACAGCCAUGUACCUGUUAUAGCAAUCCUUGCCUCAGGGGGUGGAAUUCGAGCAAUGACCUCCCUUUGUGGUGCUUUGCACGGGCUGCAGCAGAUACAAGUCCUGGACUGUAUAACCUACAUGAUUGGAGUGUCAGGGUCAACUUGGUGUAUGUCUACGCUGUAUCAGGAUGCCAAUUGGUCUCUCAAGGAUUUGAAAGUUCACAUUGAGAAACUUAAGGAACAAGUGACUAAAAGCAAGACCAGUGCCCUGUCCAAGGAUCGCUUGGGGUAUUACAUCAAUGCUUUGGUAGAGAAAAGUCGUUCAGGGCACAAUGUAUCAAUUACAGACCUGUGGGGACUCAUCAUUGAAUCAUUUCUCUCUGGACAGGAGAAUAAAACCAAGCUGUCAGACCAGCAGAGAGCUGUAAGGAGGGGACAGAACCCGUUUCCUAUCUAUGCCAGUCUUAAUGUGAGGUCAAACCUCAGCGCUCGAGAUUUUGGAGAGUGGUUUGAGUGCACUCCUUAUGAAGCUGGACUUCCAAAAUAUGGAGCUUACAUCCCCAUUCAGCAUUUUGGAAGCAAAUUCUUCAUGGGAUAUCUGAUAAAGAAAUGUCCAGAAAUGAGAAUCAGCUUCUUGGAAGGUACAUGGGGUAGUGCUUUUGCAGCCAACCUGGAGGAGAUCCUGAGGGAGAUGAUAGGCACCUCCAACAUGUGGAUGCAGAACUUACAGAAUGCUAUCAAGAUAACAGAUAAUCCACAAACAAGAAAAAAUCAACCUCCAACGCGGACAAUCAUUCCAUCAGGCCUGCUAGACAGUAUGGUAAAGAAUUUAUUUGUGUCACGCCUGACUGGGUCAGAGAUCUGCAACUUCCUACAUGGCCUCUUUCUGCAUCAGCUUUAUGAGCAGAACCACUACUUCAUGCGUGGACAAAUUGAACAUCUGGACUCUGCUCCAAACAAUCUGACACCAAUGGCAAAGCAGUUGUAUUUGGUUGAUGCUGGAUUCUCAAUUAAUUCGGCAUUUCCACUUGCCCUACGGUCACAGCGACGUAUCGAUGUCAUCCUGUCCUUUAGUUUUAGCCGAGGAUCGCCAUUUAAGGUUCUGAAGAAGACUGCGGACUUUUGUAAAGAACAUGAUAUCCCUUUCCCAAAAAUUGAUGUGGCAGACAUUCUUGAAAAUAGUUUACAAGAAUGCUAUGUCUUCAUGGAUGAAAACAAUCCCAGAGUUCCUAUAGUAGUUCAUUUCCCCCUCACAAAUGCCACAUUUAAAGAUUAUGUUUCUCCAGGAGUCCCACGUACAUCUGAGGAAGAUAAAAUCUAUCACAGUUUUGUCCUGGAAGCUGAGAAUUCACCGUAUAGCACCCUGAACUUUACGUACACACCUGAUGAUUUUGACAAGCUGAUUGAUCUAAACUGCUACAAUGUGAUGAACAAUAAAGAUAUUAUUCUGAUGAUCUUGAGCAAGGCAUUAGCCAAAAGGAGAGCCACAUAAAUGAAUUCAGCUGGUUCAGCCUUAAUCUCCUCAUUAUUUAUUGUGUUGCAGAAAUGUUAGCAGACAUCUAGCUCAGACCUUGGUCUGAUCUGUUGAGAACAUGUCACUGGCAAGUAUCAAAUUCUGAUGCAUGUGCCUCCUCCCUUUAGUCUUCUGGUUUAACCUUCUAGAAAUGCAACUCAGCACAUUGUUGGGAUGUUUAUUAAGUUUUAAAUCCCAAAGAGUAUCAAAUUGUCUCUCAGUCCAAGAACUCUGACCUCUACUGAAAGGUCAUCAACUUAUCAAAAUUGAA